AUGAUGAAGAUAAGCAGCAGGAAUUCUGUGCUGCUGGGGCAACGGUUCCUCUCAACAGGAGGUUCUUGGCGAGGCGGUGCGAACGGCACCAUGACUGGCAUGAUGAACAACGUUCAUCCUUUUAAAUUAAGAUUCAUACCAAAGACGGCACCCACGGCCACAGAGGCGGCUUCUCCGGAUGCCCAGCAUUCGAGUAAGAAGGCUUUCAAGUUUAUAGUCUCCAACAACGGCCCCACCAAGGAGGCCGCUAGAAGCUCGAAGUGGUCCAGCUAUGCAUUCCCCUCGGCCGAGACCAUCAAAUCGCAUGAAGAGGCCGUUAGGAAGCAGAAACAAACCAUCGAUGAGCAAAUGGCCGCUGCUGUUGCCAAGAACGACUGUGCGUGUACAGAAGCUCCAAAGAAAAGAAAAAGAACGCUAAGGCCUCGCAAGGCGCUCAUAACGCUGAGCCCGAAGGCAAUCAGGCAUUUGAGGGGACUUCUGGCGCAGCCGGAACCUAAGCUGAUCAGAGUGAGCGCUAGAAACCGUGGGUGUUCGGGAUUAACCUACGAUUUGCAGUACAUCAGCGAGCCGGGGAAAUUCGAUGAGGUAGUUGAACAAGAUGGCGUCAAGAUCGUCAUCGACUCGAAAGCCUUAUUUAGCAUAAUUGGCAGUGAAAUGGACUGGGUCGACGAUAAGUUGGCCUCCAAAUUCGUUUUCAAGAACCCGAACUCCAAAGGUACCUGUGGUUGUGGCGAAAGUUUCAUGGUUUAG